AUGGGACGACCUUCUGUGCCGCUCUCAGCGGAUUUACCGCCCCUCAUUUUCGGAACCGCGACCUUUAACUCACAGUACAAUGCUGACCCAUAUGCCCUCGCUACGACUGCGAUAGUCCAUCGCGCAUUGUCUGCCGGUAUCAGGGCUUUUGACACAUCACCUUACUACGGGCCAGCGGAGGAAUUGCUGGGUCGUGCUCUAUCCAGCUACUUCGUGCGUUCCAAUUUUCCGCGAUACACCUACCGUCUGCUCACCAAGGUUGGUCGCAUCGCUGCACAGUCCUUCAACUACUCUCCGGCAUGGAUACGAAAAAGUAUAAAACGCAGCUUAUCCCGGCUUGACACAUCCUACCUAGACGUCGUAUACUGUCAUGAUGUCGAGUUUGUGUCUCCGGCGGAGGUUUUAGGCGCGGUUGUGGAGUUGCGCAGAAUACGGGAUGCGGAGGGGUCAAUCCGUUAUAUCGGGAUAUCAGGGUACCCUGUGGACGUUUUGUGUUCGCUGGCAGAGAUGGUUUUGGAAGAGACUGGUGAACCGCUGGAUGCCGUGAUGUCGUAUGCUAAUUUUACAUUGCAAAACACAAAACUUGCUGUGGAAGGCCUAUCGCGCCUUGUUGCUGCGGGAGUCGACGUGGUUCCCAAUGCCUCCCCACUAGGAAUGGGCCUGCUGAGGCGCAAAGGUGUCCCAAUUGGGAGUAUGGGUGAUUUCCAUCCUGCGCCUGAUGGACUACGAAAUGCUAUACUUGCGGCAAGUGAGUGGGUAGCGCACCAGGGCGAAAAAAUUGAAGUUGUCGCUAUACGGUAUGCUCUCGAGUCAUGGUUACGUGAGGGCUCACCUGUUGGUGUCCUGGGGCCACCGCUUGCGCGUUUCCCGGAUGCAGAUCCGGUAUUCACCUCUACUAUUACACAUGGUGUCGGACGGAGACUAGGGGUCAGCGUCAUGGGUGUGAGCAAUAUUGAUGAGCUGGAUGAAACUCUUCGUGUGUGGCGGAGUAUUAUCGAUGGCCUGGAGGACAAAGGAGACAAGGACGAUGCUCCCCCCUCCGAGGAGGUGGAAUAUUUCUCCGAAGGAACAAUGGUGGCAACUGGUGCCUCUAGUCCUUCAUCAUCCACCGCCGCGUCUAAGACUCCCAACGCUCUUACCCCAUCCGGUGACAUCGCCGACCGCAAGUGGUCCCGAGACAGACGCCAGCGCAUAUUAAAGCUGGCCGAAGGGAUUCGCGAAAUCCUCGGGCCGGACUGGGUGAAUUAUACCUGGGAAAGUCCCGGGAAAGGGUUUGUAAAUACCCCCCCUGACAACCACGGCGACAUGGAUGAGCCGGCUGCAUGA